AUGAGAUUCACCGAUGAGAAGCAACAGCAUCAGAGAGGCUCAACAAUUGAGUGGCAGAUCACCGGCGAGGACUCCGCUGGAGGCUUCCAGCUCCAAAUAAUUCCGGACUUCCGAAUAGCGGCGAUGUCUGCGACUUCAACACGCCAUGUAUGCUGUUCUGGUGAACCCGGAAAACUACAGUCCUACACGUAUAAUUUCUAUGACGACACGACAAGCUUCGAUGUCUACAAGUCGCCCACAGAGCUAAAUCUACCAGUGGGUAGCACUAUUUACAUCAAGGACCUGACAACCUUGAAGCAAGACCGCCCUAAGACCGCCCUAGACUUGAUAGCCGAGGCCCCAGCCCAUCAAAACGCAAUCGACACUGUGGAGAUCGAAAUCUAUCAAGAACAGCGGCCCGAACAAUUGAUAUUUAAUGUGAAGGUCUCAAUAGGCCAGGAGAAGGGGUCUCAUUCACUGUAA